AUGCUGGCUGCGUCGCUCCAUCCGCUCCUGUGGCUGUUUGGCUGCGUCCUCCUCAGAGGUACUACGACCUCCACAGAACCCCCUGGCCAUGCUGUAGCAGGUCAGUCUCAAACAACACACAGCGCUGAACUAAAGAACCAUACCUCAGAGUCUCCAACCUCAGUAAAGUCGGCAACAGCUGGCUUGAAUCUCACCUCUUUGGACCUGGCUACUACAACCACACACUAUACCACCUCUACAACAAUCCUAACAUCAUCUGUACUGGAUGAAAAGUCUAAAGGAAGUAGAAACACAGUAGCCUCAUCAACUCAAGGUCAGGAGCCCAAGAGAAGCAAGAUUACUACAACRUCAGCAACUCAAGGUGCUUUCUCCUUGCUCACAGAAAUAACCACUUGAUGGUUUUUGGCUUGAUGAAGCACCUCCCAAACAGCUACCCCAACACCAGGGUCCUUCGGCUACCUGCCCAUGCCUACUCCUACGGAUGGAAAAUCACCACUCACGGUGGCAGCUUUUGGUGUCAUCAGCUUCAUAGUCAUCCUGAUCGUGGUUGUGAUCAUCCUAGUCGCCGUGGUCAGCCUGAGGUUCAAGUGUAACCGUUUGAAGGACUCGGAAGAUAAGCAGAAGCCGGGGAGCAACAUGGUGUCAGAGAGCUGCUCUGCGGGCACAAGGGAGAAGGAUAACAGCAUCACUCUGAUCUCCAUGAAGAACAUCAACAUGAACAACAGCAUAAGUUACCCACCAUCAGAAAAGGUGUUAUGAAGAAAAUGACUCAGAGCUAGAAGCUGACAUUGGACAACCAGCAGUGACCUGCCAGGUUCCUGCCUUCCUUUGGGGAAAGGGUAGUGUUGGGCUGCUGCUCUUUUUUUU